GAACAUGAUCAAGUCCUUCUACUCGUCCAGUUUGCUGCUGGACGUCCUGUGUGUGUUCGGGGAGUUAUCUGAGGAGAACGUCCAGCACAGGAAGUACGCCCGCUGGAAGGCCACCUGCAUCCACAACUGUCUGAAGAACGGAGAGACGCCUCAAUCCGGACCCAUCGGCAUGGAGGAGGACGGGGAAGCAGAUGAGUAUGGAGCUGGAGGUUUCUCCGAUCAUGGGGCUUCCUUCAGGGGGGGUCCAUCUUCAGGGUCCUUUGACCAGGACCAGAAUCAGGACCAGAACCAGGGUCCAGCCCCGGGGAUCGGCUUCUCUCCGGGGGGUCCAGGAUCUGCUCCAUCCGGGCCCCCCAACAUGAACUACAACAACAUCCACAUCCCACCGGGGGCCCACGCUCCAGCAAACACCCCCGCAGAGAUGCCCCCCGCCUCAGAAGCCGCUAAACCAGUGCCUGUUCCCAGAUCAGUUCCCCUCCCUGUGGACCCCAGACUGAUGCAGGGUCAGCAAGAGGGAGUGCAUCUCACCGCUGAUGACUUCACCAAGGCUCAGAAGUUGUGUAAAUACGCUGGCAGCGCUCUUCAGUACGAGGACGUGAGCACAGCCGUGACUAACCUGCAACAAGCUCUGCGACUUCUCACCACCGGACACGAGUGAAGCCUUCCACCUCCUCCUCUUCUUCAUCCUCUUCCUCUUCCUCAUACUCAUCCUCCUCUUCCUCAAUCAUAACUACAGUUUGAAGAGUAAAGCUUCAUUAAAAUACAAAACAUUGA